CCCCAACCGCCCUGUCGCCGCGCGGCCAGCAGAUGGCGCUGCAAGGCCAGGUCCUGGCGCCUGGAAGGCGGAAGCGCGGCUUGGCGCGAGCAGCUGGGCUGAGGCGCGGAGACCCGGCGGGGCGCGCCCCCUCCGCGCUGCCGCCUUGCGCCCCUUCUCGAGCAGGGUGCCGCCGGGUGAAGGGAGAGGGCCCCGCGGAGGCCCGCGGGACGACCAGCCCCGAGCCUGGCGUUACCCGGACCGACCCCCAGGGAACAUGGGCGUUCUCAGGGCCGGGCUGUGUCCGGGCCUCACCCAGGACACGGUCCAGCUUCUGAGGAGCCGCGGGAUCAAGACAGUGGUGGACCUGGUUUCUGCAGACCUGGAGGAUGUAGCCCAGAAGUGUGGCUUGUCUUACAAGGCCCUGGUUGCCCUGAGAAGGGUGCUGCUGGCUCAGUUCUCAGCUUUCCCCUUCAAUGGCGCUGAUCUGUACGAGGAACUAAAGACCUCCACAGCCAUCCUGUCCACUGGCAUCGGAAGGUUUGUACUUGGCCUGGACAAACUGCUUGAUGCUGGUCUCUACACUGGAGAAGUGACUGAAAUUGUAGGAGGCCCAGGUAGUGGCAAAACCCAGGUAUGUCUUUGUGUGGCUGCAAAUGUGGCCUAUGGCUUGCAGCAGAAUGUUGUAUACGUUGAUUCCAAUGGAGGACUGACAGCCUCCCGCCUCCUCCAGCUGCUUCAGGCUAGAACCCCAGAUGAGGAGGAGCAGGCAGGAGCUCUCCAGAGGAUCCAGGUGGUUCGUGCAUUUGACAUCUUCCAGAUGUUGGACGUAUUGCAGGACCUCCGAGGCGCUAUGUCCCAGCAGGUGAGCAGUGCCUCAGCGACUGUGAAGGUGGUGGUUGUGGACUCGGUCACUGCUGUGGUCUCCCCACUUCUGGGAGGUCAGCAGAGGGAAGGUUUGGCCUUGAUGAUGCAGCUGGCUCGAGAGCUGAAGACCCUGGCCCGGGACGUUGGUGUGGCGGUAAUGGUGACCAAUCACAUGACCCGAGACAGGGACAGUGGGAAGCUCAAACCUGCCCUUGGACGCUCCUGGAGCUUUGUACCCAGCACCCGGAUUCUCCUGGACAUUGAGGAAGGGGCAGGGACGUCAGGCAGUUGGCGCAGGGCCUAUCUGACCAAAUCUCCCCGUCUGCCAACAGGUUUCCAGGAGAUGGUAGACAUUGGAACCUGGGGGACUCCAGAGCAGAGCCCCACGUCACAGGGAGAUCAGAUGUGACUGUUCUACUGAUUGGGAAAGGGAGGGCCAUCAUGGGCCCCCCAACUCUGUGCACAGUAACACCUGCUGUUCACUGCCACCCAGCGCUUGGGAUUCCACUCGAAGCUCUUGGGCUGGACAGAAGAGGCAUCUCUGUUUCUUCAGCUUCUCUUUCUGUGGAAACAGAGCUACAGGCAAGAGAGGUGCUGUGGUGGAAGGACCCAGAAAUCCAUGCCAGUGCCAAGUUUU